AUGUCGAUUUCUGCCGAGGCUCAACCUGAGGUUUUCUCGACUGAGCUAGUCGGAGCUGUCGGGGAUAUCCCUUUCGGCACCAGGAGUUUGAAGCUACCAGACUACUACGCUGUCCUAGAUGUGCCUCGUGCGGCCUCCCAGAGUGAAAUAUGCAAUGGCUAUCGCUUCUCUGCUCUCAAGUGGCACCCAGACAAAUAUCCUGAAAGCUCACGCGUUCAUGCCGCAUCCCAAUUCCAGCUAGCGGCGGAGGCCUAUUCGGUCCUGAAUGAUUCUCAAAGCCGACUUGUCUAUGAUCGAUACGGCCAUGAAGGUCUCCUCUAUGGCGUUGCGGGGACCGUCUUGGAAGGUUCUCCAGUCAAGGUCGACGCUAUGGAGGUCUAUGAGGCCUUCUUCGGUUCGUACUCGCCUUUCGCUGACCUCAUACGUGAGAAGCAGGAGAGCAUCAAAACAGCAGCCGAGUCCCAAGGCCCUGCCGCUAACCGUGUGCUAGACAUUACCCUACGGGAGGCUGUGGCAGGGGUCACCAAAGUAAACAAGCUGCUUGUGUCCUGA